UGUGGGAGGGGAAAAGAAAGCAGAAGCAGCAAGUGUGUUCUUGUGUCAUUGUCACAUUAUACUUUGAUAGCCAUUCUGGCCUGCUUUCUUUGCUCCCCAACGGAGUACACACCACUGCUACAUUCUUGGCAUUUUCCCUCUCUUUUUUCUUUCUUUCUUAAUUUUUAAAUACCACUUUCAUAUAAACUCUCAUUUUCCCUUCCUCCUCACUUCUCACUUCUCACAGAUACACUCCCUCUAAUGGAUGCAAACUCUUCUGCUCAACAACUUGUUCCCUCAGAGCCAUUGAAGUAUCAGACAUGGUUCUUGAAAGUUUCCAUCCACUGUGAAGGUUGCAGGAGGAAAGUUAAGAAGGUUCUACAAAGCAUUGAUGGUGUUUUUACCACAGCGGUUGACCCGCAACAGCAGAAAGUAACGGUGACGGGAAGCGUGGGAGUUGAGACGCUGAUAAGGAAGCUGGUCAAAGCCGGAAAACACGCCGAGAUUUGGCCGGAGAAUCCCGCCGGCGGGAGGGGAAAGAAUACCUCCGGCAAAGACAAGAAGCAGAAGAAUAAGAAGGAAGCAGAGAGCGUGGAAAAAGGCAAGACCAAGACUGACGAUGGAAAAAACAAGGGAAACGAGAAAAGUGCUGAAAAACGCAACGGCGGCGGCGGCGAAAGCGAGGCGGCGGAGCAAAAGGGUGGGCAAAGUGAAGGAGGCAAGAAGAAGAAAAAGAAAUGUCAGAAUGGUGAUGGUGAUGGUGUUGGUGCACACAGGGGAUCGCAGCCCCAGAUGCAAAUGAAUCUGAGCCCUACACGUCAGCAAUCAUACUUAUAUCCAGAAGCUUACUGUUAUCCCCCACUGGUGUAUCUGGCAACACACAACAGGUUGAGUCCCAUGGGAACAGUCGCUGCUCCUUCUUACUAUGUUUCGCCAUUCCCCUAUGACCCUUAUCAUCAUCAUCGCCUUCCCUUCGAGAUCUUCAGUGAUGAGAAUGCCAACGCUUGUUCCAUUAUGUGACCAAUUCAAGAUCCUGCCUUUUCUUUUCUUUUUGAUGCUCCUAACUACUUUUGUAUUUGAUGCUAUACGUCCUUCUGGUGUCCUUGGCUUUUCCAGGGAAUCAUGUUUUUUUGUUUUUGCAUUUAUCAUAUGAAAAAUGCCCAACUUUAGCUUAUUUUGAUUUUGGACCAAACUGUAAAUAAUGUUUUAAUAUGGAGCUAGCCUUUAGAUGUUCA